GACGCACGACCAGGAAAAAUUGAAUAACGAGAAAAGAGACCAUUGCUUUGGCUGUCAAAAAUUCACACGUAAAUCUUAAGUUUGGAUCAAAAUUUCUAAAGUCAGCAAUUUUCAAUCUACCUCUAAUAAUUUGAAUAAUGUAAUUUUGAUUAAAAUUUAAAAGUCUCAACGUUGCACAUUAAAAUACCUAAUUAGAAAACAGAUUCUUCUUGCACAAGAUAGUCCACGACAGAGCGAUAUGAAUAGUGACACUCAGCCAGCAAAUACAUCUAAAUAUGAAAAAUUAAGAAAACCUAACACGCAAAUCAAUAGUUCUGACAAUUCCCAGGUAACCGAUGCUCCUCAAAUAUUUAAGAAUCUAAAUCAGUCUACUGAACGGAAACAGAAACCGGAUUCUAGUUUAACAUCAACGUCCCACAUCUCACCUUUAUCUACAAAACAUAUCUUAGCAGAAAAACAUCAUACUCGUAAAUUAGUGGAUAGUAAACAAGUCUCAGGACCAUUUCAUCAACUCGAUAAAAAGGCAUUCCUUCUCGAUACUUACGCCCGGAUCGUUGCUAGCAAUAACAGACGUUGUCCUAAGCGAUUACGCGAACUUGCUAAACCAAAGAGACAAGCUCGUAGCGCUCAAGAUGAUAACGUUGUGAAUUUCAAUUUAAACUACGGCCAUGUAACUAAGACUUACCGUACGGAAGACAAACACAAUUUAAAAGAAUUAAAGAAAUAGCUCAAUUAUCAUAAUAGAAUGUUUUAAACAAUUUCUCUGCGUGACUUGUGCAGUUUCAAACAACAUAAAAAAGUUCAAGAGCCAGAAAGAUAUUUAAAAAAAGAGUAUCCAAAAAAUUCAAAAAUUUUUUAGAUAAUUAUUUUUAAAUGUUCACAUUUUUCUAAGAUAAUAAAAAUAUCAUAAAAAUUUGUAACUUAUAAAAAAAAUUAUGAAAAAAACUAAUGCAAUAAAAUAAUUAAACUUUAUAUCUCUU